UCAAAUGCUAUCCAAACUGCAUUGGCAGAAAAGGUCGAAUCGCAAAUCUCAGCAGUCCUUUGAGGGUCACAACUUGUCGCCGCCACAGCCUUCGCCCGAGUUGAAACCUGAAAAGCCAUCCGCCAAUCCACCUUCUCGUCGACCAGGGUUUUUGUCACGAGUACGCAGCCAGCGCUUCUCUACGGUCAACGCGGCAUCAGAUCCAACAUAUCAGGAAGCGUCAAGCACACCAGUACCCAACAAGCGACACUCAUACUACCAGCCUGCCCAGCCAUUGUACGACACGGCCGAGGCUCAGCGUCCGGUAUGAACAGCUCGCAGGUCAUCAGGUGACGACUAACACAAUUCCCAUCAGAGAUCAUCAACUCCGGAGCAUUUUGCACCACGUCCAGUACAGUCACGACCAGCAGUGCCAGCAGCGCCAGAAUCGAG